UUCUUCCUGUGCUCCGUCUAUGUCCCCAUGUGCACCGAGCAAAUCAACAUCCCGAUCGGCCCCUGCAGCGGCAUGUGCCUCUCCGUCAAAAGGCGAUGCGAGCCGGUCCUGAAAGAAUUUGGCUUCUCCUGGCCAGAAAACCUGAACUGCAGCAAAUUCCCACCACACAACGACCACAAUCACAUGUGCAUGGAGGGGCCGGGAGACGAAGACGUCCCCCUUCACAGCAAGGCCCCCUUGCACCCCGGCGAGGAAUGCCAGAGCGUCGGGUCAAACUCGGACCAGUACAUUUGGGUCCGGAGAAGCUUGACGUGCGUCCUCAAGUGUGGCUACGACGCUGGCCUCUACAGCCGGUCCGCCAAGGCAUUCACCGACAUCUGGAUGGCCGUGUGGGCGAGCCUGUGUUUCAUUUCCACCGCCUUCACAGUCUUGACCUUCCUGAUUGAUUCCACUCGGUUUUCCUAUCCGGAGCGGCCCAUCAUAUUCCUGAGCAUGUGCUACAAUAUUUAUAGCAUCGCUUAUAUUGUCCGGCUGACCGUAGGCCGAGAAAGGAUUUCCUGUGACUUCGACGAAGCCGUAGAACCUGUUCUCAUCCAGGAGGGGCUGAAGAACACCGGAUGCGCCAUCAUUUUUUUGCUGAUGUACUUUUUCGGCAUGGCCAGCUCCAUCUGGUGGGUGAUCCUCACCCUCACGUGGUUCCUGGCCGCCGGGCUCAAGUGGGGCCACGAGGCCAUCGAGAUGCACAGCUCGUAUUUCCACAUUGCCGCCUGGGCUAUCCCCGCCGUGAAGACCAUCGUCAUCCUGAUCAUGAGGUUGGUUGACGCCGACGAGCUGACGGGACUGUGCUACGUGGGCAACCAGAACCUCGACGCCUUGACUGGCUUUGUGGUGGCCCCCCUUUUCACCUACUUGGUCAUCGGCACCCUCUUCAUCGCGGCUGGCUUGGUGGCUUUGUUUAAGAUCCGGUCCAACCUCCAAAAGGACGGGACCAAAACGGACAAGCUGGAGAGGUUGAUGGUGAAGAUUGGCGUGUUCUCCGUGCUUUACACAGUGCCGGCAACUUGCGUCAUUGCCUGUUACUUUUAUGAGAUCUCCAACUGGGGAAUCUUCCGCUACUCUGCGGACGCCUCCAACAUGGCUGUGGAGAUGCUCAAGAUUUUCAUGUCCCUGCUUGUAGGCAUCACGUCUGGCAUGUGGAUUUGGUCGGCCAAGACGCUACACACUUGGCAAAAGUGCUCCAAUAGACUGGUGAAUUCGGGGAGGGUAAAGCGGGGAGCGAAAAGGGCGGCGGACGGGUGGAUGAAGCCCGGGAAAGGGAACGAGACAGUGGUAUAAAGAAAGGACAGGGACCAACAAAUUCUAUUUCCUUCACCUCCCCAGUGCAGGAGGAGCUGGCGGGAUAGCAGCACCUGGAGAAGGAGCGUUGGAACGAAUCCUUUAUUGAGAAAUAUUUGAGUUUUUGCAGAAUUUUGAAGGAGGAGAGGAGAGCAGCAAGGGAAUUCAAUCACGCUGGGGGAGGGGGAGGCUUCACGAAGUUGUGAAGAUAAAGGGCAGAGGUGUCUAUCAACAAGCAGUGGUUUUAGGAUUUGUGGGCCUCCUGAUAGCGCACAAUGUGCCUUCUCUCACUCCCUUCCUUCUUCCCCUUAUCCCGUUCUGACUCACAUCAAUCACUGUCUUGUAUAAAAUAAUACAAGAGAAUAAAAUGGCAAGAGGAAGGAAUUCCUAGGAAUCCCUUGCAAGGUUUGGGGAGAAUUGCUGGUGUCCGGGAAUUUUGAAUCCAAGGUCUCUCAACUUGGAUAAGGGAUGAUGUCCAGAGCUGCAGAAAGUUGCAGUUUAGGGUGCAAACUUUGGAAUUCUUCAGAAUUCCUUCAAACACAAACCAGAGAAAGGUCUCCGUUUCAAGCGAAGAAGUCAAUUUGCCUUUAGCGUCCUCAGACUAAAAAACGUUGAAGGUUUUAGGCUGCAUUUGGUGUGAGGAAACAAACAUGGAAUGGAAACAGGAUGCGUUUCUAAUCAGGAUGAGCCCCAAAUGACAUCAUGAUGUCACAGUGCAAGAGAUAAGGUCAUCAAAUCCAGGAAACCCUUUACCUUGAUAGAUUUCAAAUAAACUUUCAAACACAAUAGUUCCAAGCAACUUUAAGGACAAAUAGCUGCAGGAUUUCUUUUCGUAUUUCGUUUCAGCAGUUACUAAACAAGAUUAACUUUCAAACGUCACAGGAGGAUAACAGUGAUAACCCAAUCCCCUGCAGGGGCAACAGCUGGUUUUUAAGUUCUGGGGGGGGGGGAAUUUUGAGAGAUGCAGAAGUUCUUUCCUUUAAAACAAAACACCGAAGCAUAAUGCAUCUAUUUUCCUUCUUAAUUUAACUUUCAAGUCUCACUAAGAAGUUGCUGGCGGAAGUUUGGCUCAGGAAUUAAACUUUUAGCCUCCGCUAUCGAGGCGGGAGUUUAACAUUUUCCAAGAAAUGGAACAAUUCUUCCUUUUUUUUUUUUUUUGAACUAAAUCCCCACUUUUAACAAAUGUCUGGCAGCUUUUUCCAAAUUGGAGGCCCGAAGGCAUCCGAUAUGUGGCGUUUCCUUUGUAGAGCUUAGGGCUUAAAAUGUUUAGCUGGUUUUUAUUCUCAGAAAGGCUAAGGGGUAGAGGUGGGGACUUUUCAAUACCCAUUGCCAUGAUUUAAAUAGCAUCUUCAAAAUUAAGCUUUUGGGGGCCUGUUUUCGUGUUUGUCAACCUUGGUCCCCUUUAAGAGGUGUGGACCUCAAUUCCCAGGCUAUCUCAGCCAGCAUAGCAUGCUGG